GCCGCUGCUGCUGCUGCUCCGGCUAGUGAGGCUAGCUGCGGCUCUGUGAAUCAGAGGGCGUAUUACACACCUUGCAGCUAUGAUUUAAAGGCGCACAAAGCUACACAAACAAACAGGCAAACGAUAUGCUACGAAUAUAAAACGAGGCCCGUCGCUUCUGAGCAGCAAGGAGCUGAUUCAUUUCUUCUUUAGCCGAGGUUUGACCACUUCACUGUGACUUCACCUCUUCACCUUUUCAGACGUUUGGAACAAGGAGGCUAACUAACAUAAAACAUCUGUCGCUGCAGCGCCUUUGGCACCAGGAGGAAUAUUUAGAAUAAUCAUGAACAACCACGAGUCAGACGUGAACACCAUCUCACCAGAGCUGCCGGCAAUGUUCGACGGCAUGAAGCUGGCGGCGGUGGCCACCGUGCUCUACAUCAUCGUCCGCUGCUUGAACCUGAAGAGCCCAACCGCGCCCCCGGACCUCACCUACCAGGACACGCCCCUCAACCGCUUCCUGCUCAAGUCCUGUCCUCAGCUGACCAAAGAGUACAUUCCUCCCUUACUGUGGGGUAAGAGCGGUCACCUCCAGACGGCACUGUAUGGUAAACUUGGCCGAGUGAGCUCGCCUCACCCCAGUGGAGUCAGGAAGUACUUACCUAUGCAGGACGGGGCCACUGCAACCUUUGACCUCUUUGAGCCAGUGGGGGACCAUCGAACAGGAGAUGACAUCACCAUGGUGAUAUGCCCUGGUAUUGGUAACCACAGCGAGAAGCAUUACAUCCGAACAUUUGUGGAUCACUCCCAGAGGGAAGGUUACCGCUGUGCUGUGCUGAACCACCUGGGAGCUCUUCCCAACAUCGAGCUCACCUCUCCACGCAUGUUUACCUAUGGGUGCACAUGGGAGUUUGCAGCCAUGGUCGGCUACAUCAAGCGGCAGUAUCCUCAGACCCAGCUGAUCGUGGUGGGCUUCAGUCUGGGUGGAAACAUCGUUUGUAAGUUCCUGGGCGAGAACAGGACGAACCAGGAGCGAGUGCUGUGUUGUGUCAGCGUCUGUCAGGGGUACAGCGCUCUCAGAGCACAGGAAACAUUCCUACAGUGGGACCAGUUCAGACGCUUCUAUAACUUUCUCAUGGCUGACAACAUGAAGAAAAUCAUCCUGUCACACAGGCACAGUCUGUUUGGAGGAAGCCCGGUUAAAAUGAUAGAUCUAGAUCUUGGUCGCCUGUACACAGCGACGUCCCUCAUGCAGAUCGACGACAACAUCAUGAGAAAAUUCCACGGUCACAGCUCUCUCAAAGAGUACUAUGAGAAGGAGAGUUGCGUUCAUUAUAUUCACAAUGUAAAUGUGCCACUGCUGCUAGUGAACUCUGCAGAUGAUCCUCUGGUUCAUGACUCACUGCUCACCAUCCCUCGCACACUAGCAGCAAAGAAGCCGAAUGUGAUCUUUUCCUUGACGCUACACGGAGGCCACCUAGGCUUCUUCGAGGGCGCGGUGCUCUUCCCCCAGCCGCUCACUUGGAUGGACAAAGUGAUUGUGGGCUACGCCAACGCCAUGUGCCAGUGGGAGAAACAGAAACCGCCGUGCCAAAGUGGCCACCUGAGUGAGAGCUCCUGCGCUGAGAAAAAAGCGUAAACCUCUGACUUCUGUAUCUCUCUCACUCUCUCUCUCCUCCCCUCUCCCCCUCUCCAACACCACUGCCCCAGCACUGAGGAGACACCUGAAUUAAACUUUAAACUGCUCUCUCUUCUCUGCCUUCUCCUCUGGUGCUACUCACCGCUCCCGACCCACACAUCCCGAUCGAACACGUCUCGCCUUCACCACAGUUCCCCUUCGUAAUCACAAUCACCUUACAGUAUGUGAAGGAACAAAAACAACUAACUGCCUUUGUGCUCUUUUUUCCGUUGCAAAGACUUUGAAAUCAGAGCAGGAACAUUUUGUUUCUCUUCACAACAAUGAUCCUUGGCUCAUGGAGGUGUCGACCAAAUAUGAGGAGAGACGAAGUCAAGCUGGCGUUUAAAGGAAAGUGAGAGCACCACUUUAGAGUAGUCCAAGCACACAAGAAGCCUCCUAUUACAGUAAUCAAGGACUGUGCUGCAGUCGGUGCUGAUUUACUGCACCUGUAAGAAGCUCACUGCUUAUCACCGCCAAGGCCAUAUAGCCUAGUCUGCUGUCUUAACCAACGCAGCGUCUUUGUAGUCUGUAUGUAACUCACAAAUGUAGUGUGUAUGUGUGUGUUCGCCUGUGCAGAGCGAGAGUUAGAGACCCGUGACGGAGCAUGUGAUCUUUGUGUUCGGUAGGUGUGAUCCAGAUUCUCUGUUCAUGGUCUGUCGGCCCUUAUAACGUCUGUUUUUUUGGGUGACCUGUUGCUUUGUUGUUUGUAGAAAAUGUACAGUAGAAAAGUAUUAUGGUGGGAUUUUACGCAUUAUUUCCAACAUCCCCUGGGCACUUCAUGACCAGGGAUAAACCCCAGAGGGGAUCCGUGCACAUUCCCACCGUCGCAUUUUAUCACUUUGAUUCAAUGCACUUUACACCCUGUAUGGCACAAUCUUUUUUUUCCCCUCCUCAUUCGUCAAAGCGCAGGUGUAUGGAGAUUAUUGACGGUUUAGCUCUCAUGUGACCGAGAGCAAGAACCGGAGGGAGCGAGGAUGAUAACCAAAAGUUAGAUGACUCAAAUGUUCCCUGUGUUGUCUGUUGUCUUUGAGCCCUCUUACUCUUUCAUCUGCCUUUGAUCAGCUGCAGGUCCAGCCAAGACUUUGAUAUCCUUCUUUCACUGCACAGACAUUAGCAAUCCACCCUCUAAACACCUCAUUUGGUGCAAACAUCUCAAUAUGAUUUUGAAUAUUCUGUGGGGUCUGAUUUUGAAGAUGCAGCCGACUGAUUGGCCGAUGUGGUCCUCCUAAAGUUCACCAGUGCGCUGCAGAUUUCUCUUUAUAAUCUGAGCUGUGAGGUGUGAUGAGUAGGAGGGCUAAGGAUACCAACACUAAACCAAAUGUUUAUUUCUUUAGUGGGUUGUUUGUACUACUGGUCAUCAUGGUGGUGAUUGUUAUAUUGUGUAAUUAGAUGGAGAAGACUGCAUGCAAGAAAGAUGAGACAGAUUUUAAUGCAAGGGAAUAUUUUUGUUGCAAAGACAGCAUUGAAAGGCUUUUCUUGUUUUUUUGACUGGGCUGAGCGUUAGCUGUUGAAACGUGUCUGGAUGAAAUCAUACUGCAAUAAUGGGACCUGUGGACUUUCUAAAACCUGAAUCUAAAUGAGGACAUGUUGUAAACCUUGUUGUAAGGGCUUAGGAAGCUUCCUCCAAGGCAUUUUCUCAGCCAAGUAAUCUGAACACUGUGAUAAGACAGAUGGAUGGUUUGAAAUGAUGAAGGGACACGCAGUGAUUGACAGCAGAGCAUCUUGUAAAGCUGUUUAGGCCAAAGAUUAGUUUGUUAUGAGAUCUGGGUUUAAUAGUAUUUGUAACUGUAACUGUUUUUUUUUUAAAAAUUUGAAUCACAGGAAGUUUGGGAUUGCAUGACAAUUGACCAUUCCUGAGUCAAGCCCCUUUUCGCUCCAUGCUCCAAAAACAGCUGAGCAAGCCUGAAACCCAGCAAAACUUCAGCCACCUUUCCUCUUUUCUAUUAUACUUUGAUAUGCUAUGUGCUAGUUAAAAAUGUUGAUGGUUUAAAGGUGUGGCUGGAGGACUGUCACAAACUUCAGGAACGUUUCGUUGUGUUUGGUCACAUCUUAAGUUAGCAUAUGUUAGUAAAACGCUGGCUAACCUAUAGCUACAUCUGUAGUAAUGUUAACAUUUUUUUGAUACUGUUGGUUGGAUGCUGAAAAAUUUUGACCAUGACAUUAAUAUUUGUCAGCCAGAAAAGAUCCCUUAGUUAAUAUUAUGUCUUUGAGGCUACGUGCCGCCCCAAAGUAAUGUUAGGUAAACUGUCCACCAACAUCAAUUGACGUUGAUAUUUGGUUUAAUCUAGGUUGUGACGUUAGGUGAUAAAAAUUAUACGUCAAGAUAACAUCAAAUGCCAGCACAGCAUACUAACGACUGAUGACUUUAGUAUUUUGCUGGUUUUAAGUUGUGUCGUCAAGUAACCAAAAUUCAACGUUUUAAUCAUAAAGUGUGAAGAACAAAAUCCAAAGUCUACAAAAUGUCAUUAUGUUAACGUCCAUACAGCAUGAAAUUAUAACAUGGCUAGACAUUUAAAAUAUCGUCAACCCGAUUUUCAUUUCAACAAAAAAAAUAUCUGUCAAAUGCAACAGUCCAGCGACUUCCCGACGUCAAAUUGACGUCUGGUGCCAGCUUGGUAAGGUCAGCACCAAAGUCUGUAGUCAGUAAUGAAUACAUAGAUAACAAAUACAGAUCCACAGAUAUCUGGCAGUGCAGGAGCAAUUUUGACUGAUAAUCUUGUCAUCCUCGGUCUCCACUUCUGCCUUCUUUGUUGAGACAGAAAGCCUCAGUUUGUGUAAUUUUGCCUUGUUCAUGAAAGUAAACAUGAAAAUAUUUCUACAUCACAUACUGUAGUCUUUGCUGUCUGCCUUUUAAAGCUACAUCACCGGAUAAUUGGAAACGUUGCCCUCAUAUCUCUUUCGUCUUUUUUGUCCAGCCCAGCACCAGUAACUACCGGGGCAGGACUUAGGAAAGAGCUUUAAUUUUUGUGUCCAUUAGUUGCAACAUUACAACUAAAAAAUAAUUAUCUUGACCAUGAUAGUUCAUUUUUGACCUCGGAAACAGUAGUUUGGGUCAUAUAGCACUGCAACGGUGAUUCUGAUCACCACUCAAAUUAAAUCGCUUGUGCUUUGGCUCAAGGAUAAUUUCACAGUUUAUAGAGAUCUGUUGGUUUUUGAGAUGUAAUUGGCUUAAAUUUAACCUCCUUUUGUGGAGAUUAUUCUGUGCAAAUACUAUGAAAUCCAGGUAUUAAUCUCACUGAUGCUGGCUUAGCUAAGAUUGAAAACAGGGAUCCAACUUUAUCCCUCUCAACUCAGGGUAUGUGCCAAUACCAAGCACGGCUCCGAUACCAGUGCCCUCUUUUAAAAUCUGUAUCUGUGUGGGACUCAAUCAUUUUUAUGUACUGUUAGAUAAAAAAAGAGCAGAGAUGGUUGUGGCAGUAGGUCGACAGCCCGCUAUUCAUGACCCUGAAUUUUAUAACGACAUUGACAGUGAAAAUGUAUUUAAUGUGGGUCAGUUACAUCAAGGCUGAUUGCAGACCGACACAUUAAAGCGUUUGGCGUUUGGUUUGGUGCCUCCCUAACUGAGAUGUGUAGAUAAUGUCUGUCUGAGCCACCACCUUCUCGCUCUGCAGCUGCCCUGAAUCAUUCAAACCACAAAUCACUGUUGCCAUCUGCUGUCAGAGAGAACAAACUACAACUGCAGACUUCCUCUCAUUUAAUUCACCUGCAGUGAGAUUAUAUUCAUCGUGGUUCAUGGUUCACUCUGUCCACAGCUCUCAUUUUAACAAAAUCAGCUGUGGAUUGGAUUUACUCUGGCUCGCAAAGAAAAAAAAAAAAGAUGAAUAUUGAUGACACCAGCACAAACCCAGUUUCUGCAGUAAGAGUCGUUUGUGUUCUUUUGAGAUUCUUGCCUCUACCCCAACUUUGCACAAAAAUGCAGGUUUGGAUGUAUUAUUUGGAUAUAUUUUUUUCUAGUCGAUUUUUCCGGGGGGAUUUUUUGUAUUUUGUAUUUUUAUUUCUUGUGUUAUUUGCUUGUGCAAAUGUAUCAGAGCGUGAGUGUUGAUGAGUACACAUACUGUGUCAUAUCACCACCUCUGAUUGACAAAAACCAAAACUUCUUCACUUUAAUAUUGAAAAAAAGCUAAAGAGAUAUAUAAAGGAAUAAAGAUAUAUAAAGGAAUAAAGGCAAUAACCAACCAGGAGGGAUUCUUUUAUCAUUUUAAUGUGACGGGAGAUAGUGUGUUAGACCAAAAUAUGUCAUACAUUAAGAUAAUUUUCUUCAUGGAGUGUGGGAUCUGAAAUGUUAUUUUACUGUGUUGAUAUGAGAAUGUGCUCCUGUGUAUUUAACCCACCCCAGUAAUUCAAGUGUUUCUUUCAAGAUUGUGAGCUCAUUUUUAAUUGGAAACUUUCAAAAUUUCAAUUGACUUUAUAUGUCAGUGAUAAAAAAUCACAAUGGAUCCAGACUAACAUCAGUGUAGUUUUUUUUUUUUUUUAAAUGUUUUGUUCUUAUCAGCACAAGCAAGUGGAUGAGAGCCCACAGUGAGUUAAUCUACAUUAUACAGCUUUAAUUUAAUGUUUACAGACAUUUUGAUCCUUUAUGACGGUUAAGGGAGACACAAGAAGGGGCACACAGAGUCACACAACAUGAUGUACUUGGACAUUGAACACUGGGUGUUUUUGUUGAAGAAAACCAGUGGUGUGUGUGAUCGAAUUAUGUGAGGAAAUAUGGUUAUUGUGUUCCAAAAUAAAUUAUUUUCUCAAAAGAAAAAA